AUGCAACCGGAGGAUUUUUCAAAUCCAUCUUCGUGGAGUCCACCGGAUCCAGAUCCCGGUUCAGCCUCGUUUCAGCCGCCUGAUGUGGACAUGUCCUCCACGGAAGAUUCGACCAACGACGUAGAAGGAUCUAUAUUCGACAACGACGAUUACUAUCACUCCGACACAUCCAGCUAUACAGCUUCCUUGCUAUCAGAUGUAGAAGACUACGCCUAUGAAAAUGGUCGACGAUACCACUCUUAUCGUGAGGGUCUCUACGUCCUCCCCAACGACGAACAAGAGCAAGACCGACAAGAUCUACUGCAUCACGUCCGCAAUCUAGUCCUCAAUGGUGCACUCUUCCGAGCCCCGCUGGACAAUUCUAUCCAACGAGUGUUAGACAUUGGCACGGGCACGGGCAUCUGGGCCAUCGACUUUGCAGAUAGCUAUCCCAGCGCCGAAGUCAUCGGUACAGAUCUCAGUCCCAUCCAACCAUCCUGGGUCCCACCCAACCUGCGCUUCCUAGUCGAUGACGCUGAGGAACCGUGGCUUUUUAGUGCCAGCCGGCCAUUUGAUUUUAUCCAUGCACGGGAUUUAGGCGGUGCGAUCGCCGAUUGGCCCCGGCUGCUGCGACAGGCGCAUGAGCAUCUCAAGCCCGGUGGGUGGAUCGAGUUGCAGGAGUUUGAAGUCACGCUCAAAUCGGAUGAUGAUACCAUGCGUCUGGCACCGACAUUAUGCGAGUAUCUUGAUCGAUUGCAUGAGGCUAGUGAGGCAUUUCAAAGACCGAUGAAUAUCGCUGAGGGACACCGGCAACGUCUGGUAGAGGCUGGGUUUGAAGAUGUUCGGGAUGAGGUGUACAAGGUUCCUUCCAGUGCUUGGUCCGGGAAUCCUAUCCAGAAACAAAUUGGUCGGUAUAAUUUGUGCUCGCUUUUGAUGGCGGUCGAGUCUUACUCUCUGGCGCUGUUCACGAGAGUGCUGGGUUGGUCCAACAAUGAUACCCAGGUGUUCCUGGCUGGGGUUAGAAAAGAUUUGAAGAACUCCCAGGUUCACACUUAUUGCAAUCUACACAUUGUGUACGGUCGGAAGCCGCAGUUUGAAGCUGGACCUUGA